AAAGAUUUGGUUUCAAGUGAUGAUAUGGAUAUGUGUCUUAUGGCUUGUAGAAUGAAAGAAAAAUAUGAAAAGUAUUGGGGUGAUCCAGAAAAAAUAAACCUCCUGAUUUUUAUUGUCAUUGUCCUUGAUCCUCGUUAUAAGCUUGAUUAUGUUGAGUGGAUGAUAAUUGAAAUUUAUGAUCCUAUUGUUGCAUCAAAGUUGGUUGAUAAUGUGAAGGAAGCUUUGAAUGCUUUGUAUGAGGAGUAUCAUGUUUCUUCUGCUAAUGAUGUGAAUAGGGAGGAAGUGUCUUCAAGUAAGGAUGACAAAACUCCAUUGAGUCCCAAACAUAAGAAGAUUGAAGUCUUAAAGAGUAAGUAUAAGAAACACAAGUGUGUGAGAGAUGGAGAUGCAAAAAUAGAGUUAGACAAAUAUUUGGACGAGGAUACGGCGGAGGAUAUUGAUGAAUUUGACAUUUUGAGCUGGUGGAAGUUCAAUUGUUCAAGGUUUCCUACUGUGGGGAGAAUUGCCCGUGAUGUUCUUGCUGUCCCUGUUUCGACAGUAGCGUCUGAGAGUGCAUUCAGCACUGGGGGCAGGGUUCUAGAUCAGUUUAGGAGCUCAUUAACUCCCCGAGUUGUAGAAGGUCUUGUUUGUGCUCAAAAUUGGUUACGUGCUUCACCAUUUCCAAGUAUUGAAGAAUGUUUAGAGGAAGUUGAGCUUCUUGAAGAGGACUUGAAGAAUAUGGCAAUUGGUGAUGCUGAUAUUGAUGAAGUGCUUGAAAUAAUAGACUGAUGUGGCUCUUUGCUCAUUGCUGACUUGCUGUUGCUAGACUUGCUACUUCCUUGUUCUAUGCUGCUGCUGACCUGCUUGGGUUGCUUCUGUAUUACUGCUACUGCCUUGCUCUAUGCUGCUGACUUGCUUCUGCUGCUAACCUGUUGUUAUGAUGUUGCUGCUGGCCUGCUGCUUGUUGUUAUGCUACUGGUUUCAAUUGUUAAAGUUGUAAUGUUGAACAAUUUUUUUUUUUUUUUUUUUGGAUGAAGUGUUGAAUUUUUAGAACUUUGAAGUUUUAGAACUUGUUAAUGUUGUUUAAAUCUCAUUAUGCUACUGCAGUACAGCUACGUUGAUGAAUAUGAUAUUUAUAUGAUUAAAGCCCACAAAAAUUGCAGAUUAAAGCCCACAAAAAUUGCAGAUUAAAGCCCAAAUAAACAAGGCCCAAAAAAUUCGGUUUGGUUCGGUUUUUUCUUUUGAAACCGAAAUUUAUAUG